UUUUACUUGGUUGCGUUUAAUUUCAUUUUUUCCCAAGUGUUCAAAUACACUCAUACUUAUAUAUAUACACACGUAUACGUACCAAAAAAGAGAAAUUCAAUGGUUUCUUCAGACAAAAAAUUGGCUAAUGUUGUUGGAGGCAAAUCAAUUAGGGCUUGCGAUAGCUGCGUUAGAAAACGUGCCUCGUGGUAUUGCACGGCCGACGAUGCAUUCCUAUGCCAAUCGUGCGACUCCACGGUCCACUCAGCGAACCCUCUUGCUCGCAGGCAUGAGAGAGUUUGCCUGAAGACCGUGUUGCCCUCGGUCAAACCUUUUGACCGUGGACUCAGAAUCUCUGUGCCUUCCUGGCAUCAGGGUUUCACCAGGAAGGCACGGACCCCGAGGAAGGGAAAGCACACCAAGUGCGGCCCUACUGACGGGCGAUUCCUCAGCACCGACCGCACCCACAACCACCUCGUCCCGGAGAUCUCAGGCGAGGAGAACUCGCACGACGACGAGCAAUUGCUCUACCGGGUCCCGAUAUUCGACCCGUCGGUCGCCGAAUUGUGCAUUUCGGUGAACUCGAACGAGGCCGUCGUCGGGAACCCGAACGACGGGGAGAUCACGCCGGGUUCUGCACCCGGAUUCGACGGGUUUCUUCCGUCGGAAUUGGAUCUUGCCGAAUUCGCGGCGGAUGUUGAGAGCUUGCUAGGGAAAGGUCUUGAUGAGGAGGCAUUCGACAUUGAAGGGCUUGGGAUUUUGGAUGAUGAGAGGAAGAGGGAGAGGGAGAGGGAGAGUGGUUUGGGGAGUGAGAAGGUGAAAGUUGAGCAUGAUGAGGAGAUUGAUCAUCUAAAUAUUGAUGGUGAAUAUAUUGGUGUUGGGAGAGAAACAUUCGAGUUGAAUUUCGCCUAUGAUUCUCCUAUAAAUGGUGAAGAUGAGGAAUUGGACACAAAAGAAAUAAGCAUGGAGCAAAUUUUUGGGAGCAAUUUUGAAGAUUCUAACAAAGUCUUUGAUCAUGAUGAGGAUGAUGCUAAGAAGAUCUUCUUGAGGCUAAACUACGAGGGCAUUCUGUCCGCGUGGGACGAGGAGUCUCCGUGGACGACCGGGGAGCGACCGAAGGUGAACCCUAACGAUUGGCUGUCUGAUUUUGUGGGCACGUGUGGGGCAGUACAUGUCUACGGAGACAUCGGGAUGAUGGGCGGGCAGCAGGCGCGUGCGGGGGGCGACGGAGGGAGAGAAGCGCGGGUGUCGAGGUAUAGAGAGAAGCGGCGGACAAGGUUGUUUUCAAAGAAAAUAAGGUACGAGGUUCGGAAAUUGAAUGCAGAGAAGAGGCCUCGGAUGAAAGGGAGGUUUGUGAAGAGAGCAAAUUUUGUGGCAUCGGCGGCUUUAGCAUUGAUCAAUAAAUAAGGUUUUGUUUUAACAGUGAAAUGUCGUGUUAACGAUUUGGUAACUGCCUUAAUGAAUUUUUUUCUGUAUAGCAAUUGUUUAUUAUUCUUUUGCAGAAUCUAAAUUUUUUCCAACCUAAAUUGAUUGAUUUUAUUGAAA